AUGAAGGACCGCCUGAUAGUCAUACUUGUCACAUUUACGCUAUACUCACAUUGGCUUUUUUCAAUCAGUUUCGCUAGCCCAACCCCCAAUGAAGACCAUCAUGAUGUGAUACCUAGUCUUGUUUUCCGCGGCUCCAAGACGGGCCCAGAUGUCGUUUUCCACAACGGUUUUCUACCGCCAGCAAAGGAGUUGGGAAACUUGGAAGGCUACCAUAUGGAGACGCAUGUUCUGACGAAAAUUGAUUACUCCAACUACGUAUCCACGACGAGGAACCUCGAUGUUGCACGGUACUUUGCAGCCUUCAAGAUGCUCGACAACAAUUGGAAGCAGACCCUCAGCGUCGUCUUUGAACAAAAAAGCCCCAUUCCUUUCCCAGAUUCGUGGGUCUAUAUCAUUAAACCGGACAGUUCCUUUAUUAACGUUCAUGAUACCAUAUACGGCGAGGGUCAGUCCGAGUACGAACCGCAGGAGGAAUUCGCAGCAUUGCAUGGCAUUGAUCGCUCACGAAUUAUCGGGGUGUACUCGUUGGAGGACAACAACGAACGAAAGAUAACCUUUAACCCCCAUUACAAUCAUGCAUACAAUAGUCAAGUGGCUGGAAAAGGCUAUAAAAUACUAGACGUGGAAGCUUUUUCCGCCGACGAAAAAGACAGCCUGAAGAGACAGGUUGAUGAGAUAUUGUCAACAGCUGCAGCUGAGAACGCUAUAGCUCGCGAAGUAGGACAUGGGGCCCAAGAGCCUGAACGAUGGCACAAUGGGAAGAAGCUAUCCGAAUUUAUUACCGAGUUUCAGGCUCGUUAUCCGCCUCAUCUAACAUCCAUGAACCAGGAGAGCCCCAAGCCGGCUGGGUCACACGGCAGCCACAACCAGCCUACAUCGCACGUAUUGAAUGAGGUUGGAGGGAGGAAAGAAAUUACAAAGGAGGGGGGCGUGAAAGUAGCAGGAGACGACGAAGAAGGAGGCAUUGAAGAAAUAAAGGACAUAGAAGACCUGGAAGACGUAAGAGACGAAGUGGGAGAAGUAGAAGGAGUAAGGAGAAAAACAGGGCGGAAUGGCCGAAAAGGUAGCAGCCGACAGAGACCCAAAGCCGGCCACUAA